AUGGAUUAUGUUGACUUAUCAUAAGUAUUAAAGAAACUAAUAGAAUGGAAAAACUUAUCUCCUACUACUAUUUAUAAUCUAUUAGAUUUAAUUGGGACUUAGAAUUUUAACUAAAAUAGAAUUGUACAUCAGAAAUUCUUUUAGGCUGUAUAAAAAUUAGCUUAAUUACAUGAAAUACCUCCAAAUAGCAUUUAUAAAUCAUAUGAUUAUGAGAAAAUGAUAGAUAAAGCUAAAUCUAUACUUAAAAUAUUAAGAUAACCUUUAUAAAUGGAAGUGGAAAAAGAUAAACCAGAACCAAUGAAAAAAUAUAAUUUAUUUGCUGGAUAUUAGUAAUAAUUUACAGGAUAUGUGGAUAGAAUAUAGAAUCUAAAUCUAAUAAGCAAUCUAAUUUUACAUAUAUUUAAGAAUUGGGAUUAAACAAAUAAAGAAUAAUUAAUAUCAAUAGAUAAAAUCAAAGAAGUUACUAUAGGUUUAGAAAAAGAAAUUUAUUUAAGAAAUGUUUUCAAAGAAUCUAAAAAAAUGGCUUAUGAAAUGGAUAUUAAAACAUUAGUAUAAUUUAUGAAAAGAGAUAAGACUGGAGAUGUACUUAUUAGAGUAUUUAAUAAAAGUCUAUCUUAUUAAUAAGCAGCUUAAUUAAAAUCUGAAGAUUGGAUUGAUGCAAAAACAAAAUAAAAUUAAAAGGCUGCUUAAAAGGAAGAACUUGAAAUUAAUUAGAUUGGAUUUUAUAAAGAGAUUUCUAAAAGAGAAAUGGAUGGAAUUGAAGGUAAAGAAUGUAAAGGAUGCCAUUAAAAAAAAGUAUAUUUAGUUGAUGAAAAAUAAACCAGAUGUGCAGAUGAACCUACUACUAAGUUCUUUGAAUGUUUUAAUUGCGGAGAUAAAUUUCGUAUUUGA